AUGACCGGGUUCCAACGACAGUAUGUUUCAAAACUAGUCCCGUCAAAUCCAGUUGUUUUAAAAACAUUGCUUAUUGCCGUCGCAGUUGUGAACUCUGCUACUCUAGGAUACGAUGCGAGUGUCAUGAAUGGCCUCUCAAUUCUUCCUUCGUACACAGGUUACUUCCAAUUGAACGAUGCAACAACAGGCCUGAACAAUGCUGCCGUCUGGAUCGGGACUAUCCUCGGCAUACCUCUUGUCCAACCAAUCCCAGAUCGAUACGGCCGUAAAAAUUCUAUCCUCGUCGCUACCAUUAUUACCUUCUUUGGAAUCGUUUUACAAGCCGCCGCACAGAAUAUUGCAAUGUUCGUGGUCGGUCGUAUCAUAAUCGGCUUUGGUACAUGUCUGAGUAAUGUAUCUGCACCGCCGCUGCUAGCAGAACUCCUUCCACCACGUAGUCGAAGCUAUGUCUUGGGUAUCUUCUUUUCAUGCUUUUAUGUUGGUGGCCUCCUUUCGGCUAUUAUAAACUAUGGUAGUCAAAAUAUUCUGUCAACGUGGGCUUGGAGAUUACCUUCUCUUCUUCAAUUUAUCCCUAGCAUAAUCGCCGUGGCUCUUCUACCGUUUAUUCCAGAGUCUCCACGUUGGUUAAUUGCCAAUGGACACGAAGAACAUGCGAAAGAAGUUUUAGCGGUCCUCGAUGGUGGGAAAUCGGAUGAUGCUCUGGUAAACGCUGCGGUUGAGAUGCAGGAUAUAAAAUCCACGAUUGCAAAAGAGGCAGCCGCAUAUCCAAGAAGUCCUUGGAAAGAAUUGCUUUCAACCCCAGCAAAUACCAAGAGAGUGAUACUUUUGGUUCUUUUCGGUGCAAUGGUAGAAAUAGUUGGGAACUUCAUUGUAUCAUACUACCUUACCCGGAUUCUCUCGCAAGCAGGAAUAACCGAUACGCACCGUCAAACCCAAAUCAAUGUUAUCAUCCAGUGUUGGUCAUUUGCUGUAGCGGUAGCCGGCAGUUUCUUGCUUGAUAUUAUUGGUCGCCGGCUCCAGACUUUAAUUGGUACGGUAGGAAUGACGGUCACACUUUAUAUGCUAGGCGCUUUUAUCAAAGUAUACGGUGACAGCACCGACGUUUCAAAGAACUAUGGAAUACUUGCGGUUAUAUUUCUGUUUCAGGGGUUUUACGCCUUCUCGAUUACCCCGAUGACAAGCUUGUACCCGACGGAGAUUUGCCAGUAUAAGCUUCGAGCAGCCGGCGCUGCAGUAUUCAAAGCCGUUGAUGCAGGGCUCGGAUUAGUGAUGUCCUUCACCAUGUCAUUUGCGAUGUCCGACUUAGGAUGGAAAUUUUAUUUCAUCAACGCAUCAUGGAAUGUCGUUGUAACCGCCCUGGUAUUUUUCUGUUUUGUGGAAACGAAAGGUUUACAACUUGAGGAAAUUGCGAUUAAGUUUGGUGAUAGCUUUAUCACGGAAGGUUAUAACAGUUCGAAUUCUACGACCGAAGGCAUUGGGAAGUUGAAUAAGGGCCAGCUGACUGAGCAUGAAGUACUAUGA